GAUUGGUUGAUUCAUGCUGUGUCACGCACAAGCGGGUUGUUUGGAUUUUCACUGCUAGCUUGUUUUGCUCCUUUCGUUCCCCUGCUAACACAAGUCGUUCGUGGUCCGUGUUAAACUUGAAGACAAUUCAAUAAUAAAUCGUAUACGUUUGUUUACAUUUGAAGAGAAUAUGGAGAAGUCAACGAAAUGUUUUCUACAGCAACUCGUUCGACGUACACCGACUCGGAUGCUAAAAGCUACACUGGAAAAGUGGGACCGGCUGACCCCACAUCAGCGGCAGUCUGUGGAUUUCACCCUGCCGAAAUGGGUCAUAACCCAAACGUUAGUCACUAUUUGUGAGGAAAACGGGCUGACAAUGAAACACAUCACAGAACUUGAGAUGAUGCAUGUUAUUGAGAACCCAAACCAGGGAACGUGGUACUCAUUCCAGCUCUUGGACCCUGAAGAUGACGCUCAUUCUGUGGAGCUGAUGCUGUUCAAGGAGCAAUUUAAAACUCACCUCCGUGAGCUCAUGAGAAACGUGUCCAUAAAGAUAAAGAAGCACACCGACGAAGCUGUUUGGAUUCGGAUCGCUUGGGGAAGUGGCUUCUCUCGACCCAACCACCUGAAACCAACAUAUGUGGUUCACUAUCUUCAGUCUCCUUAUGUUUUUGUGAGGAAUCUGACUUCAAAGCUAAAGCCUCUGCUGAUGCAGUCCUUGACACUCUCCACUAGACAUCAAGCUAUUAAGGAUGCUAACCUAAGUGGACCAAAGCUGAUGGCCAUCAGGGAUCUGCUGAUGAAGCAAUAUCAACAAUCAUUUCCUACAAACGAUGCCAGCCCCCUUGCUAAGGAAAACCAACCUGGCCCAAUUGUGAACGAACAAGCUGAGGCAAGGGCAAGCAGACGUCGGAUGGCCAGUGAAGCCUUUGGCAAAGGGGCGGUACCUCAGCUACAGUCUGCAGUUUAUAAGCUGGAAACAAAAUACAGAGACCCUAGCAACAGGACCAUGACAGAGCGGGACGAGCCCUUCAGAUGUGUUGUUAAAUAUUCAAGCAGCAACAUCUUGGAGUCAUUCAGACACUGUGCUUCUGCAGGAAUUGCCUCGACCCCUGUCACACCCCUGCUGUCGUCUAUUCUCUUAAAAGGAAGGAAUUACUUUGUCAUCACCGACAACGCUCCUGCUGCCGCUUCACAAACACGCCAAGCCGAUCUGUGAUUGAUCUCUGAGGAGAAGUGCUCAUCAAAUGACUCUUGGCGUUUCACUUGCUACUUGUACCAUACUGUGGCAAUGGUUUGCUAAUAUCUUGUCAACUUUUGGGGCAAACUGUUUUUUUUUUAAUUUUAUUUUGAAUUUUGUCAUUUUAUCUCUCCAGAUAAAGGGAUGCUCCUGGGCACCUGCUAGCACCUUUUUUCGUCAUGAUUAUUAAAUGUCUCCCUAAAUGAAACAAAGACUAAUGAAUUAAAUGAAAUACAUUUCUGUGGUGUCUGGUAGCUGAGAGUGCUGUUUUAUAGAUGAAUAUGUUGUAUGUGUUUAAUGUCAAACAGAAUUUAACCUACAUUUGCUUCUAUGUUCAAUCAAAAUUAAGAUAAUUUACCGUUUUCAGAUUUAGGAUUUAUUGUCAUUUCUAACACGAUGAUUAAAAGAAUUGCACCGGUCAAAACAAGAUGUUGGAAUAAAACAGUCAAUGUCUGCCUGCUUUUCUACAAAGAAUUUUCACAUUUAAUGCCUGGAAUAAAUUAUUCUGUUCUAGCUGGAACAAAUUU